AUGGGAACAAAAUUCAAAUCAACAAUAAGUACAGACGAGAAUAAUUACAAGAAGUCCCUACAUAAUCAAAAUAUACUCAACGUUUCAAAAAAUCAAACAAAACCUCAUGCCAAUGAAAUUCUUUUUCAUCGUCAAUAUAUUUUAACAGUUUGUGCAAAUAAAUUUGAAUAUACAACUAAAGAAAUAAAUUUAAUGAAAGAAUUUUAUAAUAUCAGUUAUGGAAUAGUUGAAAUGGAUAGUCCAAAACUUAUAAUUGAAUUGGAAGAGUAUAGUAAAAAGAUAAAUGAAUUAUUAGAACUUGGAAAAUUAGACGAAGCACGUGAUUUAUUCCAGUCAAAAAAUUAUAAAUCAAAUUGUUUGCAAUUACGUUCAUUAAUUGAUGGAGUUAUGAAUCAAAUAUCUGAUAAACUUGGUCCAAAUAAGGUUAUAAAACUUCAAGAUGCAAGAUUAAAAAAAAAAUGUAAUUCAAGUCAAGUUGAAAAAUCUGGUAAGAAGAGUACAAGUUAUGAUUUAUCAUUUAGAAGUAUAAAAUUUAUACCAAUUAAUAACUAA